GAUGAGCAGCCACUGCCAAUGAUACGUAGCCUUCAUUAUCAGAAUGGGAAAUCAGACGACGUUUGCUAGGUAACUCACUCUAAUCUUCCACGACAGUAUUGGGACGUUUUACUGAUGUGGGCUUCAGCAGAUUAGAAAUUGCCCUUCUGGCCAGAACGUUUCAGUCUUUUCCAUGUACUAGUCUGGAGUGGAAAUACACUAGAGUAGAGAUAGCAGAAUUUGUUUUAUCUCCACGUACAGGAGCGUGGACCAGAGUUGGGGAGGAGGGGUGGGGGGUGGCACGUGACUUUGAGUGGGAUAUGCUUAAAAAGGAUUAUGAUGAUCAAGGAUAUAUAGGCAUAUCAGGUUCAGAGUUUGAAUUAAGUCCACUCAUAUAAUUUCUCCAUUACCAACCCGAUCGAGAUUCAUUCCUUUCCUUUCCUGCUGCUGCUGAGUGUUUAAAAGGCUAGUUUCAAGAAAAAUUCAAAUGAGAAAAAAUUGUUACUAAAAUAAAAGAUCCAAGGAGAAAAGAUUGCGGUUCCAAUUCACAACCAGAAAGUCUAAGGACUAUUCAUUGACUCUCUGGCCACCGUUCGUGGAGGAGCGAGAUCCAUUUCCGUUGUCGAAAGGCGAGCUUGGACUUGGCGGCGAAACUCGGAAGGCUACAGAAGAAGAGUAAGGUCCAGAAGAUUUGCACGCUUCUCCUCCCGGUGAAUUGCGUCUCCGCCCUUUGCAGACCGCUUUGGAUUCAUUCCUUAGACCAGAACAGAAGAAGCUAGAGCCACCACUAACAACCAAGUAAAAGAAAGGCGUUGAACAGUUGGUAUUCAAAGUGAUUUGAGGCUGUACCAAGGUCUGUUUUGCAUAAUGGAGGCUGUGGAUUGGGAAAAUUCUUCAGGAGUAUCAAGUGAUACUGAGGAAUAUUUGCAAGAUACAAAAUAUGAGGAUGAUGAGGAACUCCAUUUUACAUCUGGGUUUAUAUCGAAGUUGCAGUUUAGGAAAGAUAAAUCCAGGGCUCAUUGGAUUAACGAAAUGGGAAUGGCUGAGGUUGUAGAAAACAAGGGUAAACUGUGGAGGACGAUGGGAGUAGUUCGUAGUGGCAAGAUUUAUUACUCAAUUGAGGAAACUUUGUUUUUGAUGGAAAUAGGCUCAUUGCUUCUCUUGGAUGACAAUGGUACAAGUCUUUCAUUAAAUGAUAUAUAUGCAAAGGUUAGUGGAGGUUCUUGGGAGCUAUUUGAGGUUUAUAGGCACUUGAAAUCUCUUGGUUACAUUGUUGGGCGGCAUGGCAUUGCUUGGUCUAUUAAGGGUGCUAAGAGUAACUGUCAAUCUGUUUCUCUUCAAUGCUCUCCACAAAGCAGUGAAGUGGUAAACUUAGAAUCAGAAGAUGAGAGUUCCAUUGUUGGAUCAUUUAAUAAUAUGCAUGUUAAUGAAGCAAGGCCAGUUUUUGAUGUCUAUCUCCCAGAUAGCAAGUUUAGAAAAUCUUCUCCGGGCGAUCCAGGCUUUGUGAUCUGCUUAACUAGGGGUGAUCUACCAUCCAUAGCAGAUAUUGAAGUCCUUGAGAGGCAAUGUGGGGCCAUUCCUUUGCGGUUUUGUCAUGUAGAGUAUGGGCGAGUCAGUUUCUUUUCCUUUAAUGAAGAGAAGCUUCCUAUCCUGCCCUGACUAUUUGGAGUGGGGAUAUUGCGUGUAAGAAUUCAAUGAGUUGGCAAAAAAUGUAAAAAGGGUUCAAACGGCGGUUGCAGAUGUGUGGUGUGGCACUAUGGUUGGGACAAGAGAGGGUCAUGGAACUAGAUAAUUUAGGUGGUGUCAAGAAGGCUCAAGCCAAGCCAUGUACAUGAAGCUUGAUGUGGUGAUUCUCGAUUUGGGUUCUUUUCUCGGCCGGAUGAUAUGAAAAUUCUGUGCCUUUAUUUUAGGUGCUUCUACACAUGAUCAUCGCAAAGCCACCACAUGGCAUCAGGGUACCGUCAUGUCAGCUCUAGCCAUGUCAGUGUACCACUUUGUGUCGCCUGUGCCCGGAGGUUGUUAGAGAUAUAUGAUGUUGUAGAUCCAUGUACUUUUAAAAAAGUCAAAUUAAUCAUAGGAUUAGCCUAGGGUCUUCUAGUAAAUAAACCCUAUAUUGAGAUCAUUAUACAUGAGUUCAAUAGUAUUGACGUAGCCUUCAAGGGUUUUUGCCUAUGGGUAUGGUCUGUUGGGCCAAACAACUUUUAAGCUUGUUUCUACUUUUCUUUUUUUCUCUCAUCAACUCAAUUCCUCUCAACUUUAACAUGGAAGAAAAAAAAGGUGCUUCUAUUUUGGUUAGUCCUUUCAUAGCUGGAAAACUUGUUAUGAGAACCUAUUCAUGUUCGACCUUGUCGAAUUAGUGAUUUUAUUUGCUACUUUCUCCUUCUA